UUUCAGUCUGACUUUCUUUGUGCCACGUGAAACACAGGCGCUGUCCUGAGUAAAAAUACAAAAAGAGCAUUCUGUCCCUCGCUCCGUUAACAACGAACUGUGAACAUCAUAUUGGUUAAUAGCCUAUCUAACGUUACAAUUCACCUGGCAGACUCAUUUUUUUCAGUUGUUCAAUAGACAUUUUGAACAUGUGGCAGACACCAUUGAAGUAAGCUAAUGUUUUUUAAAAUGGUAUUAAUGUUAUAAAGUUACUUUCUUGCAGACGUGAAUGCACUUAAUCAUGAGGGUUUGCGUCGUUGUGGUGCUAAACACAUGCAGUGAAUUAAAAAGGUUAUGUAGAUACAUGCAUAAAUAAUUUGUAUGUUGAUAGUGUAGCCGGCGCGGUCUGUGUCUCGCCGACUACUGCGUUGUGUUCAGGUGCACUAAUAACAGGACGCUGACAUUCCCUUAGGCACUCCCUUCCCUUAAUAAAAUAAAAUAGAAUAAAAGUACAUACCUGCAGAAAUCAAAUAAAACAUGGACGUGAUUCUUCUCCAUACACAACCAAUACCUAUACAAAAAUCAGAAACACUGAAACAUAUAGGCUACCCGCAGGGAGACAAAAUGGCGAAAGCUAACGACGCACGCACGCAUAGAGCAAGGUGGUUAGCUAGCUAUUGCAACGUCCCAUUAUUCACCUCAAAUAUAAAUUAAAAGAACACAAAACCACUCGUCCCAUAUGCCCUUACAAUAUUACACAUAAAGAAAUGAUCAAGUGUACCUAAACAGACAGUGAAAUACAUUAAUUUGGUCUUAAUGCUCACGUUGCGUACCUCCCUCAGCCACCGGUGAGCAGACUGACGAGGGCACGCAAUGCCAGUCAAACAAUACACUCUACCCAAGAGGGCGCUGUUACACAAAAUAAUAUAUCUCCUAAUACUAAAGCUAAUUAUAUACAGGACAGAAAAAGGAUUUUGGAGAAAUAAAACACAGUAACUUGAACCAAACACAAUUGAAAACAAAAAAAGAUUUACAUAUUUACUUAGACCUGUUACAAUAGCAUGUUUAAAAUUAGGUCCUUACCUGCAAAAUCUUAUCUGAACAUGUCGUUUUGUUUUUAAAAAAAGCUGUUUUUUUUCAUUGUUGGCUGAUAUAUUGUCUUAAGUUGUGAUUUUCUUCCCACAAGAUAAAGGAGUUCGUAGAGGGGACAAUCAUGGAUAAACUGGAUGAUGUCACAACAUCAAUUUUAAAUCCUGCCAAUAUUGACGAGACCUUGCUCCACACCCUCAACCGUGAUGAUUUGCGAGAUCUUUUUCCUGGCCCGGAACACUGUCUCAGGAGGAAACGAGUUUGGGCCCUAAUCAACCCAGAGGAUGGGAAUGUCAAAUCUGGCCCUAGUGAAGGAGGAACAGUGUCUUCACCUAGAGGAGUGCCUCCAAUCUGCCCCCAGACAUCUUCUCCUUUGGUGAUGAAAAGUCCAAAGAAGACGCUGCAGCUUCCCAGCCCUCCAGAGUAUGUGGUCUAUACAGACAGGGAGUUGGAACAAGCUCUCAAGCACUACUCUAAGAUGGCCCACACUGGCAGAGAAGGGGAGUGUGUCAUGUCCAAAGAGCUGAGAUGCAGACUGGUGAGGAACACCGUCACCAGCAUGAUUUCCAUCUUGAGAGCCAGUGAGCAAGGAAAAUCAAUGGCUAAAAGACCCUAUGCUACAGGAUAAAGACAAAACUAUGAAGCAUAUGAGCAUUUACAACAAUCUUCACAAGAGGCUGCAGAAUGUGAAGUCCCCACAAAAUAGGCAUGGGCCCACUCCAGAGAGGGGCCAGCCAAAGAAAAGGAGUCUCAUUGACUUCUCAUCGAGUGACAGAGAAGAAAAUUAUGCAGACUCAAGUGGUGCAUCAACAAUUAUUUGGCAUCAAACAUCUGGGAGCAGUUCUGAUGAUGGCAACAGGUCACCUGAAAAAGACAGUCUGAUCAUACAGGCCAGACAUUAUAAAACUCUGCAGGAGAUGUUCAAGAAAACAAAACGCAACAAAGAUGCGGUCCACCAAAUCCUUGACCUUGAGUUUGAAGCAAGAAGAGCCUUCAUCGACAGUGAUGCCAUGAAAGAAGAGAACAGGCCAACAAAGAUCCUCGACGCCUACCCAUGUUUUAAGGAUCUUCAUCACGUGAUGAGUGAGCUGCAACGAAUCCUGGAUAAGGACAACAUCACAUACAUAGAUGAAGUAAAGAAGAGAUGGGAAGACUUCUGUGUCAAGGUGCAAUUUUACGGUGUUUCAAAGAAAGUGAUGAAGCCGCCCAUGAACCUGGAUGCAGUGGAAUAUGCCAUAGCUGUAUUCAAGGCACUUCCCGCCCUCUUUCCUUCACCAACUGCCCCACCGAAGAAGUUGGGAAAUGCCAGUGAGGCAUUGCUACAUGUCCUUCAGCCAACAGAACCAACCUUCAGGAGAGACCACUCUCUGCACUUGUUUUGCUCUUUGAUGGGUCCCGCUGUCUUUGGAACCAAUCCCAUCACCACAUUUGCCAAAGAAGACCUUUGUGAAGGUUGAGAGAGGGCUAGCGCAAAUUGUGGCACCGGCAACUCGCUGAGGCACUUCCUGUUGCAGGUUGCGGUGCCGCGGCGAAUCGUGGCAGCUGCCUCGAGUUUACGGCAACUGCCUCGCCUGUUGCCUCGGCUGAUUGAGGUACCUCGAGCGGUACCACGAAUUCAGGGGCCGGUUCAUCGGUCGAGAGAGGUACCUCCAGCGGUACCUCGAGUUAAAGGAGUCUUGCCACCACCUAACGGAGGCAUGCAACGACAAAAGGGAGCGGUGCAUCGGCUGAUAGAGGUACCGGGAGUUUAAGGGAGAGGUGCCACGGCUGUUAAUAGACGUACCGGGAGUUUGAGGGAGAGGUGCCGAUAAGUGAUGCAAUAGCUUCCCGUUUAAGUUCAGCUAAGCUAAUAUGGGCUAAGACCACUCGUUGCCUUGGUUACGAUAACCACUUUCCGGCAGCGCCUCGAAUGAACGCAAAUUGUAAAUAUUGAUGCAUUGUAACGUUGAAAAUAUUGAGAAGUGCUGAAAGCUUUUU